CCUACAAAGCGAUUAAAAGAUCGGGCACGAGUCGCGUCGAACAAUCGGCACCGUCGGCCAUGGAUGUGGAGGCACCCAAGGAGCUCCUCGAGCCGCUACAGCUGCCCCGGAGGAUAUUAACGGGGCCCGGGCCGAGCAAUUGUUCUCAGCGAGUGUUGCAGGCCCUUCGACAGCAAGUUCUCGGUCACAUGCAUCCCGAAGUCUUUCAGCUGAUGGACGAAAUCAAAGCCGGCCUUCGCUACGCCUUUCAGACGGCAAAUAAAUUCACCCUGGCCAUUAGCGCUUCCGGUCACGCCGGCAUGGAGGCGUCUAUAGGGAACGUACUGGAAAGAGGAGAAAACAUUCUCAUUGUCAAGGCUGGACUGUGGGGCGAGCGAGCGGCGGAUAUAGCCGGCCGACUUGGCAUCCACGUGGAUUUUUUAGAAACGGAACCCGGUGUGGCCUUUACUCCCGACACGUUAGAAGAGGCCAUAAAAAAGCAUCGGCCAAAAGCCGUCUUUGUCGUGCACUCGGAGUCAUCCACCGGCUUGAAGCAGCCCCUCGAAGGCAUUGGAAACGUCGUUCAUAAAUACGGUGGAUUACUGAUAGUCGAUACGGUGGCGUCGCUCGGCGCUGAGCCGUUUUACGCCGACGCCUGGGGCAUCGACGUCGUCUACACCGGCAGCCAGAAGGUCCUCGGCGCCCCCGCCGGCAUCACGCCCAUAAGCUUCAGUCCCGAGGCGGUGAAGAAGAUCCAGUCGCGCAGGAGCCCGGUCCCGGUCUACUACUGGGACAUGAACCUGCUGGGCAAGUACUGGAACUGUUUCGAAGGUCAGGGUCCGCGCAUCUACCAUCACACUGUGAGCGCGACACUCGUUUAUGGGCUGCGCGAGGCCCUGGCCCAGCUCGUGGAAGAGGGUCUGGCUGCCUCAUGGACGAGGCACGCAUCCGUCACCGAGAAGUUCCACAGGGGUCUGCUGAGGCGUGGCUACGAGUUCUUCGUCAAAGAGCCCAGCCACCGACUCAGGACCGUCAGCGCCAUUAUGUUACCGAGGGACGUCGAGGCCAGUCGAGUCAUUCGCUAUGCCAUGGACAGAUACAACGUUGAGAUUAGCGGAGGAUUAGGACCGAGCGCAGGAAAAGUUAUACGCAUUGGUUUAAUGGGUGUGAACGCGACACCAGGACACGUUGAUUUGGUUUUGCGUGCGCUCGAUGAGGCUGUCAAGUUUGCGAAAUGCCAAUUAAAAUCAAAUUUGUAACGAUUGUUCCCUA